UUUCAAUGAACUUUAAAGAGAAUGACACUGUUAAGUUAAAAUAUAGUCCAAGUACAGCUCGUAAACUAAAAUGGACACUAAAAUUGUGAAAAAGAAAGCCAUCAAUAUAAGUGCAAAGAAUUCUUAUGAAUAUUUGAACAAAUCGUUAUCACAGAAGAUUGAUAUAGUAAAUGAUUUUUAUAAUGUCACUCCUAUUGGAAGUCAAAUAACCGCUUUCGAAGAAAAUUCUAGAACACAAUCUCUAAACCCAUUAUCAUAUAUGAGUUUAAACCAACGUUCGAUGGGUAGUGUAAAAGAGAGCAGCUUUGGCAGUGAGAAGCAUUUCAAAAGUAACAUAUCCGUUCUUGUCGAAGAUGAAGUUAAAAAUAACUGCAAUAGUAAAUCGAUUCAACAACCACUAGUUUUAUUUAAUGCACCUAAACGCUGUAAAAAAAAAUUACCUCCAACACUCACAAAACGAAAAUUUCAAAAGUACUCACUUUUGGUCAAACAUAAAAUUGUGCACUUAAAGUAUAAACAUCCAGAGAAAACCAUAAGAAGAAAAUUAGAAACGUAUAAAAUAAAAUAUUGCUCUAAUCGAAAACGAAUCCAAGAAAACUUGUGUUCUGACUCAGUUUCAAAUGCUGUAUCUAGUUCAAGAAUUUUGAGGAAAGUUGUGGCUAUAGAAAACUUAUUACAUGAAACUGACAAAAUAUAUUCCAAAGAUAUUAACCAAGACAAAAAUUUGGAAAUUGAUCCCAGCGAAGAUACUUUAACUCGCAUAAACAGUGAAUCAUCGCCAAAUGACAGCAUCUGCACUAAAACUGCACCAGUAGUUGAAAUACAAACUAAAAUAUCUUCAAUGGAAGCAGUAUCAACACACACUAUAGUACAAACACAAAGCAGCACAUCCGAAUUAUCCCAUCAAGCUGAUGAAUCCACAUAUAAAGCUAUAGCUAAUGAAACACGUAUAAUUAAUAACAAUGAAGCAGAGUUGAAUAGUGCAACUACUUUUAAAUCAGACUUUAUCAACUUAUCAUUAGCACAAAUUACUCACUCAUCUAUUUUGAUAUAUAAUACUGGUACGAGUAGCGAACAAAGUCGAGAGGAAAUAUUGUAUGAUGAAAACUUAACAAGCACUGAAAGCUUUAUUACGCAAUCAAAUUCUAUUGACUUACCAAUAUCUUUACCGGGUAUAACUGAAACCAAUACAAAUAAAUUGAUAACAAAAGACUCUGAAAACGCCUGUAUUCUGCUUGAUGACUAUGUAAAUACCACGAGUGAUAGUGAUGCUUUCGUUAUAGCAAGAACAAGUUCGUAUUUCAAGAAUAAUUCUAGUUUCUUAGAUAUAUAUUCCAAUCAAACCCUCAUGCCGUCAUCCGAAUUACCUAAUCAAACCGAACGAUGCAAUAUUUAUUUCCAAUCGACUAAGAAAGAAGACGUUACUUCAUUCAUAGAUACUGUAAUUAAUGUAGGAAUAUUUCAACCGCCCAUUAGCUCGGGGAAAGAACAGUAUAGCAUGGAAAACUUUAAUAACGUAAUAAUUAUUGAUGAGUUAAGAAAACUUCCAGCACCACAGAUAAUACCGACAGAGAUUUAUUCCAAAAACGUUAUUCAAAAAUCAUUUAGUGUAGACAACGAAGGCGAUCGUCACAAAAGUAUCUUACCUAACGAAGAGAUAAUCAGAUCUAUAAUAACAGAAGCAGAGAAGACAGAAAAGAAACCAUGUUCUGAAGAAUUUCGUAACUAUGCGCCACCUCCAGAUGUUUGGGAGAAGCUGAUAGUAUUUCUUGAUUUAUCGAUGAGAAGAAUGGAGGCGUCAUUAGUGCAAAAAAUUGGAAACGAGCUGAAAAUCUCAUUGGAAAAGUUUGAAAAAUAUUUUCCAUUUACACCACUGCCAGAGCAUGAUUUCAUAAAAUCUGAUAUUAAGUAUUAUAAUAAGACAAACAAAGAUGAUUUAUCCAAAAUGGAGUCUGGAAAUUUAACAUGUGUGGAUGAAUCUAUGCAAUGUGGCUUAGUGCAAAAUGAAGUGAUCGAUAAAUUAAUGAGUAAAAUUAAAGUUGAAGGAAAGGGUGAUGUUUUUGACUCUACGCUUAAAGUGAUAAAAAGCAAAAUAGGGACCAGGAAAUUAUAUGAUUCAUUUGAGAUUCUUGAGCCCACGGUUCUACAUGGUACUUCAAUAGCCAGGGAGAACGCAGAUUCAUUGUUAACCUUAUCUUCAGAAGGUGUAAGGGUUAAAAAAUCUAAGGGAACGCGACAUCUGAUGGGUUUCACGGUUCCAAUGCGUUUCUUAAAAGCAAAUAUGCUAGUUUUAAUCAGUGUGCCUGCGUUCUUUUUCUCAAUAUUUCUAGUGUAUACAUUUUUUGCCUUGUUAAUGUGAUGUUGUUUCGACAUUUUUAUUAAAGACCCAUAAGAAUAACUAAGAAUAAUAUUGAAUAUCCUUAGUUCAUGCUCUGAGGGUCAAAGUAGAAGAAAAGUAAGAAGUAUAC